CCAUCUGCGUGCGGACACGCCUUGGCCUUGUUUCCUAAACACCUGGGGCUGGCUUGGGUUCGCGGAAGGAAAAAAGUAGAAAAUUAGAGCUAACUAGAGGGAAGUGAAAGUGGAAAAUUAAUGUGAGAAAGCCACCUGCCAGGUCCUUGUGACUGGACACCAUGCCUCUUCCAGAAACCAUGUUCUGUGCUCAGCAGAUCAAAAUCCCCCCGGAGCUACCUGAUAUUCUGAAGCAAUUUACUAAAGCUGCUAUCAGAACUCAGCCUUUUGAUGUUUUGCAGUGGGCAGCUGCGUAUUUUUCAGCCUUAUCUAAAGGUGAACCCCUUCCUGUGAAGGAGAGGCUCGAAAUGCCGUUAGCAACAGAGAAAAAAGAUGCUGGUUUGACCCCAGGACUCCUUAAGGUCUUGCACAAACAGCUUUCUUCCAAAGGCAUGGUGGCCAUUGCAGAACUGAGGGAAAAAUGGAAGCAUUUGGGCUUGCCAGAGGAGCAGCUGGAAGCUAUCCUGCAGUUGGACAGUUUUGGCGAGGAGGUGGAGUGGAUGAAGUUUCUGGCACUUGGGUGCAGCGUGCUUGGUGGGUCCUUACUGAGUUCAAUGAAGCAGGCCUGUGAGAUCCUAACAAGAGACCCAGAAGGUGGAGCAGCUCGAAUUCCCUUCGAAACAUUCUCGUUCCUUUAUUUGUAUUUGGCCAGUAUUGAUGGAGAGAUAUCAGAGACAGAAACUAAUGCAUUCCUCGAGGAAAUUAAAGAAAAAGCGGACAAACACUCUGGCAUGGUGCUGAUCAGACAUUUCCUGCCAUACUCCUUCAUAUUUUAUUGAUCAACCUUACCAGCCCUACUCUUCAGCAUGAGGUGAGAAGAGAAAUAAAAGAAGGAAUAAAUAAGUUCAAGAAAGUAAUUUGUGUUCAAAGUACCAUAAUUUGCACAUUUCAGAACAACAUGAUCCUCUUCUCUA